UGUAGUAAGUUUUACACAAGUUUGAUCCCGUUAGUUAAAUAGUUAGAGGAGAAAAAAUAAAAUUUUCCCCCGGAACGAUUUGCGCAACCGAUGGUGCACAAUGUCCACGUUAGGAUUAAAAAGUUGUUUCACCUGCUUUCGGCGAACGGAAAACUUCCUGUGCAUCGAGGAAAACGACAGCAUCAGUGGUGAAAAUGUCGAGGAAGUUUUUGCCAAACACUUUUGGUUUACGAGGGACGAAUAUCAGAACCGAAUCGUUUGCACCAGCUGUUGGGAAAAAAUCGAUGAAUUUCACAAAUUUUACUGCGAAGUGCAGAAGGUUCAUGCCCCCACUAUGUUGGCCCAUAUUAAGCUAGAACCGAGUGACGAUACGCCGGAAGAUUCGAUGAUGAUGCUGGUGGAAGGUUUCGAUGCGGGUAAACACAAAUUCGAUUCCGAAGGCAACGAGGAGACGGAGCUUUUUGCAAGUCAAAUGAUAGUUUCGACUAUAUAUAAAUCGGAAGAUCAAGCAUCGCCCUCAGUUGGGGCGGAAAAUGAUGCAAAAUUUGAACAGCCUACUAGGGUGAAGCAUGAAAAUGACGAAGACAAGAGCGACGAGGAGGACGAUGAUGAAAGUUCCGACGAGGAUUACCAACCGACCAAAGAGGUUAAGCAGUCGGAUUCCGAAUCCGAUUCGAACAUUCCGCUGGCAAAGCGUUCGGCAGCUAAACGGGCAAAAACUAAAAAGCGAACGGUCUCAAGCAGGACGAACGAGCGCAACGAGAGCUUCUCCUGCCAUAAGUGCGUCGAAGCCGGCACGGAUAACGGGGAAACGUUCAAAUCGUUCUACUGGAUGAAGCAGCACUUCCAGAAGGUGCACAGUACGGCUUGUUACAUAUUUUGCUGCAAUAAAAAGUGGCCAUCGACACGCAGCUACAAUCUACAUGUUGAUACGCAGCAUAAUGUUAAACCGCAGACGAAAAAGCUGCGUUGCGUCGAGUGUGCCCGUUGGUUUAAGGAUGAGCGCAUAUUUGCCCAGCACAUGUUCCUGGUGCACACACCGGAGGAAGCAAAGCUGUUCAAAUGCGUUCGCUGUCCGAAAGCAUUUGCCGUAGAGGAUCAGCUUAACAGUCACAUCAAAUGGCACGACGAGGUUGAACAGCGGAACCAUCACUGUCCGAUAUGCAACCGGUACUUCCUGGGUGCCGGAAAUCUUCAGAACCAUAACAUAAGCCAUCACAGUGACCUAUCAGCACAAACGACGGCGGCGGACGGGGGGACUUCGUCGGGGCCGGCUCAGAACGCGCCGGCUGACGAUGAGGAUCACGAUGGCGAGGAGGACAGCGACCCGGAGUCCGCUGAGCGGACGACGGCUGGUGCUGAUGAUGAUUUGGAACAUCCACCCAAGCGAAAACGUUGCGGCCCGGAGGAGAUAGAGAAGCAAGAGUCCAUCAUCAAGCAGUUUGUUUCGUUCAACUGCACCCGGUGCGAGUUUGUGGGCGUUUCGUUCCAGAAGCUGAAGCAGCACAACCUGAAGGUUCACAAGGCGACGGGAAGUAUCGUGAUAUGCUGCGAGCGUCGGUUCGGUAAAAGAUUACGCCUGUACGAGCACUGUUUGCGCCAUUUGAAUCCGGACCACUUCAAGUGCGACAAAUGCGGUAAAACGUUUACCGACAGUCACGGGUUGAAGCAUCACAACUGGUGGAUUCACACACCCGUCUCGGAGCGACCGUUCAAGUGUGACAUUUGCGGGGACGCCUUUGUUAAGGACUACCUGCUGAAGGCACACAUGGAGAAGCACAUCGAAAAGGAACGGAAGACGCACACCUGCGAGCAGUGCGGACGAAUCUACACGACCGGGUUGCAGCUGAAGAUGCACAUGCAGGCUCAGCACGGUGCGCUGAGCGAUUGGGUGUGCGAUAUAUGCGCUAAGGGAUUCACCCAUCGAGCGCUGCUCGAGCAGCACCGGCUGACGCACUCCGAGGAAGGCCUGAAGGCGCUGCGCAAACAGUGCGAGAAAUGUCACAGAUGGUUAACGAACAAUCGGAACUAUCUGCGGCACAAGCGGCGCUGCUUCAACCCGAACGGUCCGGUUCGGUGCGAGAUAUGCGGGCACGAAUCGGUCAACGAAACGGCCCUCAAGUCACACUUCCGGCUGCAUCAUUCCAACCGACCGAAGUAUGCGUGCAGUUUCUGUGGCAAGGAGUUUAAGAAGCAGCUGCGCUGCAAGGAACACGAAGCCAACCAUACCGGUGAUGUAUUGUACAAGUGUCCGUUCUGUCCGCGGAUGUGUAAUUCCAGCUCGAAUAUGUACACCCACAAGAAGACGGUACACCCGGAACAGUGGGCGGCAGCGAUGGCUGCCAAGUUCUUUACGCCAUCCAACUAAGCUGAGUGAGGGGCUGAGGCGGUGCGCGGUGGUUUAGGCUUAGGUGACUGUUCAUUUUAAUCGACACUUCUUGAUAUAUCCGUUGAACGUAAUGAUGUGUAUUGUAUUUGUAUAACUA